GAAGCCUAGAACUUAGAAGCCUUUGCUUCCUAAUGAUUGAAGCAUGCAAGAACAGUUUGUCUCAAGGACGUCUACGAGGGCUGUCAUCAUGGCGCCUCAGCAGCCGCAGGUGCCAGUCACAUCUGCCUCGAUCUACAGCAGCUCAUGGCGCAGAGGCUCCCAGGCUGCUAAUGCUCUGAACUAUUAUCCUGCAGCAGACCACACAACGCACGUCUCUGAGGCCUACGUACACGAGACUAGUUUUGGGAAUGGUGCGCUUAACGCCGGUGCAUUUGCAGCGUUCGGUGAUGUCGGCGAACUGCCAACUUGCCAGCUCGGUAAUCUUCCUGGAUACAUACAUGACUUUCGGUAUGCUAACAAUAAUACCCUAGAGAGAACACAAGGGGGAUUUAUGCCUACCGCCAUCGUAAGAGAUCAAUGGGAUGCCGAGCAUGGCAACGAGGUACCUAUCGCUCAAGGAAGAUUCCAGUCCGGAGUCCCAAUGCAGGGCCACGAACCUGGAACGAGUCAAGGGACUCACGAAACCGAAAUGACUCAAGGAAAUUAUGAAAUGGAACGUCAACAAGAGUAUAUAUUGACUCACGAACCGACACAAGUCACUGGUGCAUACGAACCUGGUGGCUUCCAGUUCACUCAUGUUACUGACGCUGCCUAUAGCAAUUUUGAGUGUACCGCUUUGUCAUAUCAGCCUGGAAUAUCAAGAAAUUAUUUAGAACCUGUGAACCUAACUGGAGUCUUCGAACCUCCAAAUUAUAGUCUCCAUGGAACAGGUGUAGUCAAUGGAUCGUCUCUACCUAGACUUACCUCAACGUCCCAAGUGCCUCCUGCAGCUCCACGAUUCUCCGAACACGAACGGCUCUCUUAUAACCAGAUCACGGAAGCUGGAAUCUCCUCAUUUGCUGAUGACGAUCGACUUGCACAAUCUCAGCGAAUUGAGAGUGCAGCUGAAUCUACCCAGUACGUUCAAUACGAUAUUCCGGGUGUAGAUGAAGAGUAUCAAAUUAAUGAAGAAUUUCAACAAAAUAUAAAUAAUGACCGAAAGCGUAAGAGAUCCACAGCUGAAGAAUGUUCCGCUCAGGACGGACAAAAUUAUCAACAUGAUACAAGAGCAGACACUGGCAUGACAUAUACAGAAAACGUGACGGAAAAAAUUGUUAAUCUUGAGAGAGGAAACAACCGAACUGAAUAUGCUUCCUCGUCUGUGGUGCAGUGCUCAGAAAACAUCAUCCGAUCUCACGUACCGGAGCCCCCAAGCCGCUGCACUGAUGCCUUACAUAUAUGCACUGCGGCUCCUACUGAAGAAGAUGUCCCAUACAUUGCGGCCCCUACUGAUGGGGGUGUCCCAAAGUCUGGGUCUUCUGGUCAGCUAGCCCCGCCGAGCAAAGAUCCACGGGACGCCAAAGACAUUAAGCGUCUGGGCGCGUCGACCCCUACCUAUGACGGCAAGGCUGUGCUGCCUCCCAUCCCCUUGAGUGCCAUCAAACCUGCGUCCCGAGACCGCGGGCCGUACAACCCUAUAAGCAGCAGCAUCUCUAGCGGCGCCCGAGGCGAGGAGUCCAGAAACAACAUCGCUACAGAACACAACAUUCAAGAAAGUAGCAGUGACGGUGGUAAAUUUCAUACCCCACAUGCUGUGGGCAUGAGGUUACCUCGUGCUACUCCCGGUCAAGGAGAUAGUUUGGUAAAUCGCUCCUCUUCAGUAAACAAUACAGAGGGAAUUUCCACAAAGCGUCAACCAUAUUCUGCCUCUGAUACAGAGGAGUCCCGCGAGCAAAAGUAUGCGAAAUUCGCUGGUUACAAUACCAUAUCAGACGGCACGAGAACGUCGCUGUUUUCUGAUGCUGCCCUGCACGCUGCCAUGGCCACACCAUGUGCUGUUGCCUAUCGAAAGUCAUCUUCGUCAGGGGGUUUGGGUUCCUCUUCGUUUUCGUCGGGGCAAGUGCAGCUAAGAAUCACUCCAAACGCUGGGCUCACGGCCCAUAAGCCUGCAGGUUCAACUUCAAAUUCAUCAGACAAGCCCGCGUUUCUUGCAUCGAUCGCUUCAUUCAAGACUUCCAUCCGUAACGCCGCUCUUAAAACUCCCACGAAUCCAUCAUCUGAUUCGUCGGGUUUUGGGCUUGGAGGCUUAUUGUCUGGGUCUGCAUUAUGUAACCAAAGGUCUGGUUUGCGAACUCCCAGCUCCGCACUACGAACUCCAGGAUCUGGAUUACGAACUCCCAGCUCCAUGGUACGAAACUCGGGGUCUGGGCUGCGUACUCCAGUUUCUGGAAGGCGUACUCCGGCUUCCGGUAAACGCACUCCAGGUUCUGCCAGAAUGCCAGGUGGAUCUGCUAGAACUCCCGGAUCGACAAAAGAUGACGAAGAUAGCGUCCAGCCUGCAACUGUUGUCGUGUUGAUGGAGGGCGCGGGGCAGGCGCGCUACACCGUCGGCGUGGCGGCCCUGGAGCUGCGGCAGCCACGCCUGCGUCUCGAGCAGUUCUCGGACACNGGGCAGGCGCGCUACACCGUCGGCGUGGCGGCCCUGGAGCUGCGGCAGCCACGCCUGCGUCUCGAGCAGUUCUCGGACACUCAGACCUACAGCCUCACCCUGGCCCUGCUCAGCGCCCUCAACCCAGUGCAGGUCCUGGUACCGAGCACCGGAGUGGGCAAGGGCGUGGGCAAGGCCGUGAGUGAGUGGGCGAGUGGGGCGAGCGUGAGCAGCGUGCACAGGCGCUACUUCAGGGAGGACCUCGGUCUCUCCACCGUCAGGAGACUCGCCACACCGAGCUGCCUCGCCGCCCUCGUGCACCUCGACGACAAGCAUCUGUGUUUGGCGUCGGUGGCGGCGCUGCUGCGCUACGUGGAAAACCUCCAGAACGUCACCUACGCCCCUGCCAGCCUGCACGUCACCUACGCUGUGUCGGACCACACCAUGCUCAUAGAGUGGAGGUCGUGCACGGAACUGGAGGUGGUGCGGGCGCUGGACGGCGGGUGGCGGCACUCGCUGUUCGGGGCGCUGCGCCACACCAAGACCUGCGCCGGCACCCGCCUCCUCAGAGCAUCCCUUCUGCAGCCGUACGCGGGGCUGGAUGCGAUCGAGCGUCGUCUGGACACGGUGCAGUACCUCACUGAGAACCCUGCACUGCUGCAGUCCAUCCAGAGUGUGCUUGGGCGCUUCCCAGACCUGGACUGGCUCCUGACGAUGUGCUCUCACCAACUCAAUGAGGAGAGCGAGGAACGCAGCGAGCAGCGCCUCAGUUACGUGCUGGGGCUGAAGUCUACGCUGGAGCUGCUGGAGGGGCUGUGUGUGCUGCUGGAGGGCGCCACGGACCCGCAGCUGCAGGCCAUCAGGCAGGCGGUGACGGGUGCAGACGUGCGCGGGAUAAGUGAGGUGCUGAGUGGCGUGCUGCACGAGGACGCGCGUCAUGUCAAGGGCGCCACGGCCAUGAGGAUCCAGCGCUGCUUCGCCAUCAGGAGCAACAUCAACGGCCUCCUCGAUGUCGCCAGGAAGAUUUACUCGGAGCUCAUCGACGACAUUACCACUCACGUGUCGGAGGUGUGUGAAGAGCAUCGCGUGGUGGCACGUGUAGGGCAGACCGUAGCGCGUGGCUUCCACAUCAUCAUCCCUACGCCGCCCCUGCAACCUGCGCCCAAGCUCCCUCCGAUCUUCAUGCAGGUGCAGAAGACGCGGGGCGCGGUGACGUGCACGACAGAGCUGCUCUACCAGCUGGACCAGCGUGCCAGGGACAGCCUCAGGGAGAUCCUCGUCAUGAUAUUUGAUGACAUGGAACCGCGCGUGGACCUAGGCGUUAUAUGCGACGUGGCUGACGAUGUGUAUGACGUGUUACCGUCGCAGGAUCUUGACGUUAUAUACGACGUGGCAGACGAUGAGAUGAGCGCAAGUGAACGCGUGCUGCUCAUCACAGGACCGAACAUGAGCGGCAAGAGCACCUACCUGCGUCAGGUGGCCCUCCUUCAAGUGCUUGCUCAGAUGGGAAGCUUCGUGCCAGCGGCGGCAGCAACGCUACAGGUACGCAAGAGCCUCUUCGCCGUGCUCGGCUCGCACGACUCCAUCCAGAAGGGAGCCUCCACCUUCCAGAUGCAGAUGAUGGAGGUGGGAGCUAUUCUGCAGCAGAGUGACCAUCGAUGUCUGGUCGUGCUGGAUGAGGUCGCUUCCAGGACCAACGCUAGCGAGGGUGCCGCCCUUUGUUGGGCCAUCGUUGAGGCCCUCAUCAAGACCCGGGCCUCUGUACUCCUGGCCACUCACUUCUCUGCUCUCACCAACAUGGCGAGACUCUACCCUCAGAUAAGAAAUCACCACUUUGCGACCUGCGCCUCGGAGGGCGGGAAGCAUCACCUUCGUCCCGGCGUGACGCCCCGAAAGAACUACGGUCUCGCCGCUGCCUCCGUCAGCGCCUUGCCGCCCACCGUCGUCCAAAGCGCCGUCCGGAUCAGCCAAACGCUGCUGCAGCCCUGCGACUCGGGCGAGUCGUUGAGUCUGUGUCCGGCUGCCGAGCGCUACGUGGCAGAGCACAAGCUGGCCCACAGGCUCAUCAAGCUAGCCAGGGAAAUGGUCCAGUCCGGCACCCUUAAUCCCCUCCACGCAGACAGUGAAGGCAGGAGUCAUCAUGCAUCAGAUGCGAGCCACACUGUCGACACGAACAUUAUUAUUGAUAAAAACAGUGUGCGGAACAGUGGAGAGCAGGAAGGAUGCAGUUCAGAGAUGAGAGGAUCGACUCCCGAGGCAGUACCCAUGAGCAGUGACGAAAACUGUAUCUCUGCUUCAAACGUGGAAAGAACUCCUGUUGAAGGUUUGAACAAAGAUAGUGAAACCGAAGUCAAGUUCAGGAACCGAAUACAGCGAACAGAAGAAUCUGGAGAGGCUUUGCAACACGCAAGAGAAGUUACAGAAACAGAAGAAACUUCGCCAACGAAUGUACGAAAUUCUGCCGCUACGAGUGAUAUUGGAAAUGACCAGGACGUUGAGCUCAACUCUGAUAGCGAUGCCACGGUCGUCUGGAGCGAAGAAGAAGAGGAUACGUGUGCACGAGUAAAGCCAUAUCGUGCCAGACAGGAAAGGAAGCCUGAAACCAAGACUAGCCAGUUUGAAGUUCAUCCUGCAAAUGCUAACGAUUCCGAGAUCUCGAAAUUAGAAACUCGAGAGAAUGGACACCACUCCACGGCUGAGAAGAAUGGAGGUGACAAUGUCCCAAACGAGCCGAGGCUAAUAGCUGAAAAUUAUUCCAAUUAUGAGGUCCGUCACUCUGUGCAGGUUGCAGGCACGGAUAGUGACGAAUAUUUUCUUCAAGACAAUGACGUCGGUGAAGAGAUUCACAGCUCGAGGGAUGGCACAACAAGACUGGAUCCUCGCGCGAAAAGUAUGUUGUUUUCCAGUAUUCCUGAACGUAACUCAGAAAACUUGUCCUCUAUUCAAUCGCAAGAACUUCACCCAGAUCGUUCACCUGUUGCUGUGCCAAAAAUAGUCGAAAUGAAUCGAGAGCGCUACAAUGAAAGUGAAACUGGUGAGUUGGCUGAGAAGCCUGACGCCAUCAACGAGCAUGAAAAACUAGGCCAACCAUCCACCGUUGCGAUUGCAGAACAAAAUAGAUCGGCAUCAUGGAGCAGAGCUGCUACACCGAGUUCAAGUUCCCCAGUCUGGGACGAGGUAGAAGAGCUCGUCAGGUCCAAGCUAGAAGGCAUGCUGGUCGACUUCCUGACGGAGAUGAAAAAUUGCUGCACUACGCCUGCUGCUCGUGUAGGUGGUGACAGUGAUGCUGCUGCUGCUACAACGAGUGCGCGUGCCAGCCACUCAUAAUCGUAUUAUAUGAUGCUCGAAUCUCUAUGUAAACAACGAAUUAUUUGUUACCAAGUACGUGCUGGAGGUUCUCGUGGCAUUAAUUCAAAAGUUGUUUGUGGAGCAGCAUGUCAUUUUAGAAUGCGGAGUAUCAAACUUCGUUUCAUAGCAGAAGUGCGAAUCUAUUUUCAGAAGGAAAUUAUUAAUUUGCAAAUGUCAUUCUCGUUUGAUUUCUCGUUCAAGCAAUUGAUUUUCUCAUGAUCAUUCUCUUCUCCAUUAGCUUCCAUGGCUUGAUUAAAUGUCCUCGAUUUAGUUUCGUUAAAUAAACACUAA